AUGCCCACACCUAGACAGGAGGACGAUUUGGGUCCUCAACCAAAGCCUCUGGCUCGAAAGCCUGACCUUGCUGUCCGAUCGACUGCACACAGCGCUCUGAUCCGACUGGACAUUGUUGAGGCGUGCCGAAAUAUUGGUGGUUGGGAUAGUUUAUUGGUUGCUGAGCAGGUUGCUGUUGAUUAUUUCACCGAAGUGGGUCAUUCGCUUUUAGACGUUUCUUCACCGAACGAGGAGACAUUAUCAGUGCAUGGUUGGCCAGUUACUUCCUGCUCGACUGCGUGUAUUUAUAUAACUUUUGAAGAGUUUGGGCAACCUGGCAGUAUCCAGGCCCUCGUGCCUCCUUCGUGUGGCAUGGCAACUAGGCACCGUUCAGCUACAGCUGAACGAUUACCAGUGGCUGUUUCCCUCGUACGGGAGAUUUCAGCUGAGCAUAUGCAAACUACAACUGACUCCCUCUACAGCUUGGUACGUGUUGCACUUCAUCAGCACUGUUUUGGAUGCUUUCUUCAACCGCAUUUGCAUUCCAAGCCGAGUUGCAGACAUUGCCUCUCUGGAGACUCCUUCUCACCUGCAGAGAACAAAUCGACCGUCGCGGUAAACACAUCACAAACGAGAGAUUCAGCUGGGUUCCAGUUCCGAGGGGUUUAG